CAAUGCACCGCUUACAUCGGCUGAACAGCCAGAGAGGAGAACAACGGAGCUGCUAAUUUAUCCCAAACAAACCGCGUGGAUACUUCUAAAUUAGUAGAAAGGGAGCCGAAGAUAUUUGUUGUCGUUGUUGUUGUUUAUUUACAACAUUGGUAGAAAGUUGAGGACAUAUGCAGCGGCGAUAUCCACUCCUAGCGGCAGCUGGUGGCGGUGCUGUUAGCAUCUGCUAGCCGGUUAGCUGGCACUGACUGACGGUGGAAGCCGUGUGAAAAGCUGCGGGUAACAUCAGGCGGCCGCAACACGAACAGACAAAAGAAAAAGGAUUUUAAAAAGAUUUUAGAAAGUUGGAAUCAUAUGUAGUGUUACCAGAAGGGACCUCGGUUGCGUAGUAAGCUAGUUAGUAGUGAGUUUGAGGCGACUCGCUAACUUAAAUUCAGAUACCGCUGGGUGGUCUCAGGCUGACAUCUGUAAAUACUGGAUUUAAGGAGCUUUCGCAAACGUAGCUAGAAAACACACACAAUGAGCACCGAAGAGACCGCAGCGCCCACAAAAGCAGCCCCGGAAGAUGAUGGCAUGACCUGGUGGUACAAAUGGCUCUGCAAAAUCGCUGGGGUUUUGGGAGGAAUAUCCUGUGCCGUCUCAGGAGUGUGGAACUGUGUCACUGUGAACCCUUUAAACAUUGCUGCUGGAGUGUGGAUGGUGUUGAAUGCCUUCGUGCUCUUCCUCUGUGAAGUCCCGUUCUGUUGCCAGUUCAUAGAGUUUGCUAAUGCUGUAGCAGCCCGUGCAGACAAACUCAAGCCCUGGCAGAAAGCCUUCUUCUACUGCGGGAUGGCUCUGUUUCCUGUGUUCUUGAGUUUCUCCUUUACAACCCUGUUUGGAAAUGCCAUCGCCUUUGCCACAGGAGUUCUGUACGGCCUUGCAUCUUUAGGCAAAAAGGGAGAUGCAGUGACCUAUGCCAGGCUGCAGCAUCAGAAACAGGGGGAUGAAGAGAGGAUGACAGGAACGACAAACGGGGCUCCGGAGUGAGACACCUGCCUUUCUCCCCUCCUCAUCCCCUCUUCUCAGUUCUUACACUUGAAUUUUUCUCCCUGUCCUCCGUCCAUCAUUACCUCUUCCCCCGCACUCCUUUCCCCACUAUCAGUUAUGUCACUACAUAACAGUUGUACUGAGUUUAUUUAUUUACUUUAAAUAUGUGUUGUCCUGAGCUAAUAGUAUCCAAACUGACUGAUAGUGGAUUCAGCCCAUUAUUUGGUACCUGCUGUGUAAACAGGAUUUAUCAUUUGUGACUUGCUACCUGACAUUGUAAGUUUUGUUUUUAUGUUUUUAAUUCUUCUUAUGGGUUGUGCUUCUCAUUUGUUUCUGUUUGUUGCUUCUGUCAGUUGCUGUGUUGGCAGGAAAAUUUUUGAUGUACAUCUUUGAAGCCCAAAAGCCUUUUCAGGAAUUCUGAGUAGAAAUUAAUGUGAUUGUAAAAUGUACAUAAUUGACUUCAGGUUAUUCACUCGGACUCUGAGGCUGUGAUUCAGAGUUGUGUGACAGAUUGAGAUAAAGAGAGGUCAAAUAAUGCUCAGACUUGCUGCUUGUGUACUGCUUUUGGUCAUGUCACUUUAACAGCCGUGCUACCAGAGUAAGUGUUUGGUAAAGCGUGGAGAAAAAAAAUUCAGCAGCACAACACAUCAGCAAAAAAAUAAAGACAUUAAACACUAACGAAUAAUCACAAUAUAGCCAGGUAAAAAGCUGUGUUUCACAAAAGAAGAGGCUCAGAUUUGAAAUUACAACACAAGUCGGGCUGCUGUCUCCAAGUGCUAGAGCUGAAUUGUCAGUCAGACUUUCUGUUUCUCAGUCAACUCUCAAUCAUUUAUUCAACAAAAGGUCCGUUUCUUCAUUGUUACAGCUAGUGUGAGAGUGAAAAAGUAGAGCCACUGAAGUUCUGUAUUCACAUAUGACUGGAAAUCUUAAAAGUUUGAACUCAGUCGAGGCUUAACUUCAUUUUUGAUGAAAAACAGUAGACACGUGUGUAUUUGUUAUUUGUUUUAUAUUAUUAAUUUAUCUUUUUUCUUUGUGUUGUCCACUACACCACAGAUGUGUAAAUAACCUCAAGUGUUUCCUUAAUGUUUUAAUCGUGUUUGAGCCCCAGAAUGUUUUUACUUCAUGGACUACUUUGUGAUGGUUUAAGGUUUAAUUUAAGCAAGAACGUGGGGAAAAAAAUCCUAUCUUUUUAUUAGUUGUCAAUUAUUGUGAGUCAGACUAAGUGCAUAUGGCAAUGAGCACAGUGGUUUUGGUAUUACAGCUUCAAACCCGCUGUGCACACACAACUCUGAACUGCAGCCUGAGUGCGUCUGUAAACAUAUAUAGGCAGUAGGGAUAUUUUUAACAGAGGGGAAUGUAUUUGGUAUACCCAAAGAUGAAGACCUUUUAUCUUUAUUUUGGUUUUAUGCUUUUAUAUAUCCAUUUUUUCAGUUGGUUUAAGCUCCGUUACCUGCACUAAACUUUGGGUAGCUUUCAGUGCAUGGCUCAGCUCAGAUAGUUCUUCAUGAUCACGCGAUUGGUAGCCGAGUCGUGGCUGCAGAUUUUUGUGGUACAUUAUGUAAUGAGAAAAUGGAAUGUACACUCAUUUCUAAAAGCUUUUGUACCAUUUUUUUUCUUUUCAAACCUGUUACUGAAUAUUUGUUGAUUAUUCCAUGUUUAGUGUAAGUCUUAAUUAGUACGCUCCACCAAAACACAUGUACAACUUAAAGAGGGGAAGUGUCUUGAUUCAGGGACUAAUUGGUUUGUAUCCCACACAAUCACCAGAGCCAUGGUUUACCUUUGUCACUCAAAUGAGGCAGGCAGUGGAGAGCAAUGUACAGUUCGUUUGUGGUUUUUUUGUUGUUGCCUUGCCUCCGUUGUGUCAUCAGUAAAAAGGAUGCUUUUGGAAUAACUGUUUACACAUACCUCUUACUGCUCUUUCUAUAACUAGCCGGCCAGUGACUGAGUGGAUUAUUCACACAUUACCACCAGCUCUCAGGUAUCAUACUUAGGGAGUAGUUUAAGCAUAGAACAUAGAACUACCAUAAGCACGACUAUGAAAACACUUGAGCCAAUGGAAAAGCAUUUGUGAUGCAUUUAAAACGUGCACAACCAGCAUUCACAAAUGUUUAAACACUACAUCCACACCAGUGAUAUGCUACAGAUUUAACACUACACACGCCUACACUACAGUUUUAACACGUUGCUUUCCUUAUCCACAGCCAGCCAUCCACCAGUUCGUUAUUUUUCAUGCGGUCACAUCCAGCGAGACUCAUGAAUUGACUGGUAUUCCACCCGCGGGCGUUGAGUGUAUCUUCUGCUGUAAGGGAUAUGUGUACAAUGUGUGUUGUGAUGUGAAUCCUGAUCCUCUUCUGAAUUAGUGAAAUAAACAAACUUGCUACUACCA